GAGAAAGAAAUCCGCAAAGUACUGGAAUGGUUUAACGUUGUCGACCCAAGCACUGAUUAUUCAUCUGCGCUCGAUGUUCGUGAACCUGGCACGGGGAAUUGGUUGCUCACGGGACAUGAGUACACCCGUUGGAAGGAAGAGACAAGGGGGGUGCUCUGGCUUUAUGGAAUAC